AUGCCAGACACUCUGGAAGUUACUCUAACUGAAGGAAAAAGAACAGUGCAUUCUACAAACACAGACGACGCUGCAGUCCAACUUUCUACUCGUUCGUCUACAGUACAACCAAUUUCUAUAAACAUUUCAACGGCACCUGUUCAACAAGUCAGUUCAGUGCCAACAAAUUCUGAAGCCAUGGACAACAAUUUUUCUGUUCAACAAGAGAUUCCAGUGCCAACCAAACCUAAAGCCAUGGAUAGUCAUUUUCAUUUAGACCGCUCACUGUUCAAACUAAAUUUAAACAAGUUCAGCUCUACCCAAGAUUUGAUUAAUAUGUCUGUGGGUUCAAUUCCAAGAAAUGAAGUGGAAGUAGUAGGUGGAAUAGCCAAUUUUUGCGAUCCCAAACACUUUUUGGGAGAUUAUACACAUCUUGGGCAUGGUUUUUCAGCCUCUGUAGGAAUACAUCCACGGAACGUUUCAUCCAUUGACAGUUUACCGUCAAUUCUUUGUAAGUUAGAUCAACAAUUAAAACUUGCCAAUGUUGUGGCUUUGGGUGAAGUAGGAUUGGAUCAUACGGAACCAGAGGAGAAGUGGGAGAACCAAGAGAAGAUUCUAAUAGAAGCUGAUGUAGGGAACCAGCUAGCAGGAAACAGACAGACUUUGACUGACCACGACUGA